AGUCGAACCAAGAAAGUUACUCUCGCUCUAUUCCUUCAACAAUUACUGGCUAGCACACCGACAGGAAGGAAGGUCUAUAUAUAUAAACCUCCUCAUGUCAGUUCCAACAAACCAUCCACGAAAUCCUCCAAGCACAUUUCUUACCCGCAGGACUCUGAAGAAACCUCAAUCAUGGAGCUUAACUUCUAUCUUACCCUCCUCUUGGGCUUUGUUUCCUUCAUCACCUUCUCCCUCUUCUUCCUCUUCUACAGGCACAGAUCCCAGUACACCGGCAACAACCUCCCUCCGGGGACUGUUGGCUACCCUGUCAUCGGAGAGAGCUACGAGUUCCUGUCCGCGGGAUGGAAAGGCCACCCCGAGAAGUUCAUCUUCGACCGCAUGACCAAGUUCUCCUCCGAAGUCUUCAAGACCUCCAUCUUCGGAGAGAAGGCUUGCAUCUUCGCCGGCGCCGCCUGCAACAAGUUCUUGUUCUCCAACGAGAACAAGCUCGUCACUGCCUGGUGGCCUAGCUCCGUCAACAAGGUCUUUCCUUCUUCCGUCGAGGACAACAGUAGCGCCAAAGAGGAGGCCAAGAAGAUGAGGAAGAUGCUCCCCAACUUCAUGAACCCUCAGGCUCUUCAACGCUACAUCGGGAUCAUGGACAGCGUCGCACAAAAACACUUCGCUCUCGGCUGGGAAAACAAGACGGAAGUUGAGAUCUUCCCCCUUGCCAAGAACUACACCUUCUGGCUGGCUGCAAGAUUGUUCGUCAGCCUUGAGGACCCAAAAGAAGUUGACAAAAUCGGCGACCCCUUCCAACUGUUGGCCUCCGGAAUCAUGUCGAUCCCAAUUGACUUGCCCGGAACACCAUUCAACAAAGCCAUCAAGGCCUCCAACUGGAUCAGGGGGGAGCUCUACAAGAUCAUCAAGCAGAGGAAGAUCGACUUGGCCGAGGGCAAGGCCUCACCCACCCAAGACAUAUUGUCCCACAUGCUCUUGACUUGCGACGAGGACGGAACCUACAUGAAGGAGAUGGACAUCGCCGAUAAGAUUCUCGGACUGUUGAUCGGAGGCCACGACACCGCCAGCGCCACUUGCACUUUCAUUGUUAAGUACCUUGGAGAGCUCCCACAUAUCUAUGAUGCAGUUUACAAGGAGCAAAUGGAGAUUGCCAACUCAAAGGCACCAGGAGAGUUGUUGAACUGGGAUGAUCUUCAGAAGAUGAAGUACUCAUGGAACGUAGCACAGGAAGUGUUGAGAGUGGCACCACCACUUCAGGGAGCCUUUAGGGAAGCGUUGCAAGACUUCGUUUUCAACGGCUUCACCAUCCCUAAAGGGUGGAAGUUGUAUUGGAGCGCAAACUCGACACACAAGAGUGCUAAAUAUUUCCCCGAACCUCAGAAGUUCGACCCUACAAGAUUCGAAGGAAACGGACCUGCCCCUUACACAUUCGUUCCCUUCGGAGGAGGCCCGAGAAUGUGCCCCGGGAAAGAGUACGCCCGAUUAGAAAUUCUUGUGUUCAUGCACAACCUUGUCAAGAGGUUCAAGUGGGAGGCACUUAUUCCCGAUGAGAAGAUCAUCGUCGACCCGUUGCCCAUGCCCGCCAAGGGACUUCCCGUCCGCCUUUUCCCUCACAAAAAGGCUUAAAUAUCUAUUACCUACCUCAACCUGCGCCUGCUAGUUUUACUUAUACAGAAGACCAGCCCCAUCAUGUUAAGGCUUUGUUAAUCUUCCUUUUUUUUCUUCGUUUUUGGGUCAAUCAUUGUAUUUGUUGUUCAUGUUUUCUUUUAAAUCCAUGGUACUUGUGUAACUAAUUCAAUCCGGACUUGUGUUAGUGCGUGCCAUACACGAUGUUUUACAGACAUAAAAAUGUAUAAUGAAUCAGCAUUUACAA